AGCUACCUCAGCCUGGCUGACAGCAUCUUCUGAUCUUCAUUCUCUUGCUCUAUCAAGUAUCCGUUUACCCUGCACAAACGGUACUCCAGGACGGACGUUGUUUGCUCAAUAAUUCCAGAAGAACUCGAAAAACAUAACGAGAAUAUUAAGUGAAGCUACAGACCUUCCAUUCGACAAAUCCCACUCUCUGCUGUCAUCUCGGCAUCCUCUACGGUGUUUCCACCGGGUAAUGGCUUCACAGUAUGACAGUUUGUCAGAGUGGCAGUAUUUCACCGCUUUCCAUACAACUCACAAAGCUGUAUGUAAAGAUUGCCCUCAGCGGCCAUAUAUCUUUUUGAGCGUCCCCUAUAUUCCUGGUAACCGUGUAGUUGUCCGUAGAGCCGUAUUCACUACGAUAUCGCACGAUCAGGGAUGGGCUACUUUCCGCCCUGAGUUGAACGGUACAUACAAAGAUACGUGGACCUACUUCGAAGUGCGGGUUGUCGUCAGCACAGGUCGAGAUCGGAUUCCACGCGAGGUCACGACUCAAAAUGUAAGGGCGUCUUCUGAGCCCAAGAAACAUGUCGUCUGCUGGGAUUUUCGCGAUGACAAGUAUUGGCUACUCAGCGAAGAACACAAAGAAGCCCCUGCCUCUCAUUCCGGGAUCACUCCUUCGAAGUGGUUGGCUGCACUCCAGGCUGGUGACAUUAUUCAGACCGUGCCCAGAGCUGAGUUUCUAGCUUGGGUCAACAACAUAGUUGAAGCUCGCAUUGAAAUCUGGAUCGAGCUAUUCCCAGAGAGAUCACAUUCAGGAGCUGUACAUGCAACGAACACCUGCGAAGCAUGCAGGCCACUGCAGAUUGCGUCAAAGGAAAUCCGUUUGGUCAACAUCGAGCCAAGUAACAAUCACUCCGGCUUAGAUGAAGAGGAGCCGCCGCAUUUGACAUUGAAAUAUACCAAUCUGGGGGGCCCAAAUCAUGACCAGUAUGAGACGCUCUCAUACUGCUGGGGAGACCGUCUGAGUACAAGUUCUAUCUUUUUAAGGAGCUCUGAAGAGUCUCCUCCAAGAGAAGUUCAAAUUGGCACGGACUUACGAAAUGCACUAAAACGUUUGAGACAACCUGAUCAGACUCGCACAUUUUGAAUAGACUUACUGUGUAUCAACCAACUCGACCCAGAAGAAAGGAGACACCAAGUUGCGCUUAUGGGUGAGAUAUACGCUUCUGCGAAAUCGUUAUCGGUCUGGCUGGGUGAACUAGAGGACGACCACUUUCAUACGCAAAGCGAUUUGGCUGUUUGGCAGACCAUUGCUACAACAUCCGAAAAGAAUCCGGCUGAAUC